AUGGAAUCCAUCGAUAUUACCGUCGCUUUCAUUCUCGCUGAGAUCGAAACAAUAUCUUCGACGCAUAGAAAGCUUGAACGCAUCAAGGGACUUCCUGAAGCUUUCGUCGCAGUCGGAAAUGUUCUCCCGCUGGCUGAAGAGACUUUGCGCCUCCUUCAACAGGCUCUCGAGAGUCAAACUUUCGACUGGCAAGAUGAAGCUGCAAUCAUCGAAUCCCUCAGUAAUGGGCUUAAUCAGUGCCUCGAGCUCGUCAAUUCUAUGGAAAGCAUCCUGCGUCAGGUCAUGGUUGUCGAUACGCAAGGCUCAGACAGUUGGCCUGGCAUCAUUGGUUCUUAUCGCCAGAUAGUGAAGUCAACUGGCAAUGGCCAAAACAUCGAGGCUCUGAUACUGAGCUUGUUGGUUGGAUUGAGAAUGUUACUUGUCAACUACAGCAUCACAGAGGAUGUCGCAUUGUCCGGGCAGGACAAAAAGCUGGAGACUGCCUGCAAAAUACUCACUGAUGCGUUAUCGUCUCUACCAGCCUCAGACUCUACCCCGCAACCGUCAAGCAAGUAUCUGGCCAAGGACCAGUACGGAACGAGGCUUUUAUGGGCCGCAAGGAGUGGAAAAGAAGAAAUAGUCUGGAAUCUCCUCAACAUCAACGACAUCAACUUGGACCAGAAGGAUAAAAAAGGUCGUACACCGCUAUCAUUGGCGGCAGAGAAAGGACACAAGACCAUUACUCUCUUGCUCCUGCAAACAGAAAGCGAUAUAGAAUCCAAGGACAACACAGGCCGGACACCACUGUCAUGGGCUGCAGGCGCAGGACAACACGCCGUCGUUCAAAUUUUGUUGGACAACGGAAGCGACCCCGAAUCUUUUGAUAACAUGCUCCAGACACCACUGUUGUGGGCUGCAAGAGAAGGACGCACCAUGGUCGUCAGGGAUUUGCUGGACUUUGGCAGCAACAUCGAAACUUGGGACUAUGCUGGCCGGACGCCACUGUCGUGGGCAGCAGGAGAAGGACACCACGCAAUUGUGAGAGAUUUGCUGGACUGUGGCAGCACUAUCGAAUCUUGGGACAAUACUGGCCGGACACCAUUGUCAUGGGCCAUAGGGCAAGGACAACUGAGAGUCGCCAGGCUUUUACUGGACCAUCGUAGCGAUAUGGAAUCCUGGGACAAUGCUGGCUGGACACCAUUAUCACGGGCUGCAAUGAAGGGGCACAAGAGCAUCGUAUCACACCUGAUGCACGCUGGGGCCAAUUUGGACUCAGUAGAUAAUAACGGUCGCACGCUUUUAUCAUGGGCGGCAGAGCAAGGUCAAGAAGCUGCCGUUCAACAGCUACUCGACGCUGGCGCUGAUGCGAACUCCAAGGACAACGAUGGCUACACACCAUUGGCAAGAGCCGCAGAAAAGGGACACUUGGGAGUCGUACUGCGACUACUCAUGGUGGAAGAUCUCAAGGGGUCUGAUGUUUCUGAAGAGGCUGGCUGGCUUCCCCAGUACAAAGACGGAAGUUUUGCGGUGGCAGAUUCGCUGCCUGCCUUCAGUGAGCUGGACGUCAACUUGCACCAGGUCUGUUGCGCGCACAAGCUUCGGGAGAAAAACACAAGCGACCCUGUCAUGCAUCAAAACUCGGAUUUACGAGCUCAGCAUCUCAGCCGAGUCGAUAUGCAGAACCAGCUUUCCCUCCAUUGUGGGCUAGCUGGUGUGCUCCCACCAGGAAGCCGGCCAUUCAGUGCUCUCGGAUGGGCCAGCUUUUCGAUUCAAGAGGCAUCGAUAUUCUUCACUGGCAAUCCAGACGAGGAUCUGGCGGAGCCAACAGGUCGAGACGACUUCAUCAAGCGACCAGCGGACUGGUCUCUGGAGCAAUUUGUCUACAACAAGCGGGAUUCUGCUGCAACCAACUUACUGCAUUAA